UCCAACUGCAGCUGGCGGCGGCGCCAUUUUGAACGUGCGGCUCCCGCGGGCGUGAGUCACCGGAGGUCGUCUCGGUCCUCUCCUCGCUCGCGUGCCCAGCUCUAUGUAGAGUCGUCCACGCCCCGAGAGCGAGGCCCGCCACCGGUAUCUGAGGCGAACGCGUUGAGAUGAUGCUAAGGGGCAACCUGAAGCAAGUGCGCAUUGAGAAAAACCCUGCCCGCCUUCGCGCCCUCGAGUCGGCGGCGGGAGAGACGGAGCUCGCGCCGGCCAUGGCGCUGACGCUGGCCGGGGAGUCGGCGCCGGCCUCCGCCGCGGCCGCCGACGACCACCCCGAGGAGGAGGUGGGCUUCACCAUCGACAUCAAGAGCUUCCUCAAGCCGGGCGAGAAGACGUACACGCAGCGCUGUCGCCUGUUCGUGGGCAACCUGCCCACCGACAUCACGGAGGAGGACUUCAAGCGUCUGUUCGAGCGCUAUGGCGAGCCCAGCGAGGUCUUCAUCAACCGCGACCGCGGCUUCGGUUUCAUCCGCCUGGAAUCCAGAACACUGGCUGAGAUUGCCAAAGCAGAGCUGGACGGCACCAUUUUGAAGAGCCGGCCUCUCCGAAUUCGGUUUGCUACACACGGAGCAGCCCUGACUGUCAAGAAUCUUUCUCCGGUUGUUUCCAACGAGCUUCUCGAACAAGCGUUUUCCCAGUUUGGUCCAGUUGAGAAAGCUGUUGUGGUCGUGGACGACCGUGGAAGAGCUACUGGAAAAGGUUUUGUAGAAUUCGCUGCAAAACCGCCUGCGCGAAAGGCUUUGGAGAGAUGUGGAGACGGGGCGUUCCUGCUGACCACGACUCCUCGCCCUGUGAUUGUAGAGCCUAUGGAGCAGUUUGAUGAUGAAGAUGGCUUGCCAGAAAAGCUAAUGCAGAAAACGCAACAAUAUCAUAAGGAAAGAGAGCAGCCACCACGUUUUGCUCAACCUGGAACGUUUGAGUUUGAAUAUGCGUCUCGAUGGAAGGCCCUGGAUGAAAUGGAGAAACAGCAGCGUGAACAGGUGGAUAGAAACAUCCGCGAAGCCAAAGAGAAGCUAGAGGCAGAGAUGGAGGCAGCUCGGCAUGAACACCAGCUGAUGCUAAUGAGGCAAGAUCUGAUGAGACGUCAAGAAGAACUUAGGCGCUUGGAAGAACUUCGAAACCAAGAGCUGCAAAAACGGAAACAGAUACAGUUGAGGCAUGAGGAGGAGCAUCGUCGUCGCGAGGAGGAAAUGAUCCGCCACAGGGAACAGGAGGAGCUGAGACGGCAGCAAGAGGGAUUUAAACCCAACUAUAUGGAAAAUUUGUAUCUAUUACUCUUCAUUUUCUUGAAAGCUGUCUUAAAAAAAUUAAAUAAUGUUAAUCUUUGUUUAUUUUUUUAAUUUCCUGAAGCUUUGAAAGUAGAUCUUCUUAUGUGCUUUCUCUUUAUUCACUUCUGUAUAAAGGGAGGAUUCCAGUGGUAAGUGUGCAGCUUGCCCACGUGACACGUCUUCUAGGAUGCUACAUCGUUUCUUUCUUAUCUUCCUGUUAGAAAUACUAGAAAUAUUUCAGUAUAACUGAGUAUAAAGCUUUGAAGUAAAAUGAAUGUCAGUGUUCGUAUUUUUUAUGUGUUAAGUAAUUUUUCAAUGUAACAGUAUGAGGAAUAGUACUCAUGUUCGCUCAUAUUUUGUCAGCAUUCGGGUUGAUAACUUUAUGAUACACCUGGAGUAUAUUUUUCAGUCUCAGGGCAUGUCUGAGCUUCAUCAGUUUGAAUUUGUCAUUGCUUCAUGCUGUAGUUUUCCUUUGAUAUCAAACUGAUAAUUACUAUAUAUACCAGUUUUUACUUUUACAGAAUAACAUACUCUUGACUGCUGUGGAAUACUGUGCCUUAAUUCUAUUGUGGUUUGUAUUUGCCAUCGUGUGGGGUGUGGAUUUGACUCUGCUUUAUAAUUAGUAUUAUUAUAAUACUCUGCUUAUCACUAUUUUAUAGUUUUUGAACAUAUUACGAGUGUUUGUUAUGAAAACAAUGAGAACUUUAGAAAUGGUACUGUGACUAUUUCCCUAUUAGAUUUCUUUACUUACUAUAGAUUAUGUAAAUUGCAGUGUAUCAGUCUUAGUUUUUUCAGCCAGUUUGCAUUGUAGUAAAUGAAAGAUUUUUAAUUAGCAUAUUUUGUUAAUGAUGUUUUCUGCUAGUCAGUUUUGCUUCUUGGGAAAAUAUUGGUAUCAUACAGAUAAUUAAAUAUUUUUGUGGCUUCAGGAAUUUGCAGUGCUUUAAUGAAAUUACACCAGUUGUUAAGGUUAGAUGUUGCUUAGUUUCUAAGCCUCGUAAGUUUUCUAUGUAAAUAUUUGUUGGCUUCUCGGUAAAGAAGGAAUAGAUGCUUAGAUGUGCUCCAGAUAUGCUGCACCAAGCUAAGUCUGCGCAUGUGUCUGACUGGACAUUGAAGUGUUUGUGCUUCCACAUGAUUUAUUAUUUUUUUUGAAAGAGUUGUUCAUUCAGACAGCAGAGUUUUGGAUGCAGAGCCUGAUCUCCUGCGCUCUGGCUGCAGUCUAGGACUGGGCCGAGCCCGACCGGCAGCCCGAGCACGAUCUGGCUCUCCCUUGUUGGGAGGGGCCACCUUCUGUUGCUUUUGAAGGCGCAGUAGCAAGCAGCUGAGUCAGAAAUGGAGCUUCUAGGCUAAAUGGAGCUAAAGUGAUACAGGAACUGGGAUUGCAGUAACGUGCUGCACAGUGCUGGCUCCUUGAUGAUUGUUAACAGUGCUUUGGAUAUUCCAUUGCUUGUAUAUAAUAAACUCUUUUAAAAAAAUCAAUUUCUUACAUCCUGAGACAAAAACUUUAUUCAGUUGUUUUUCAUUUUUCAGGUAUGUUCCGUUAUUGUCACAUAGGAAUUAUGAAGUAUGCCAGAAACUCUCGGGAAAUGGGCUAACGUGCUGUGUCUUUUCUAAGGGCAGCAAUCAUUCAAAUAAUACAUAACAAACUGCACAAUUUAUGAUGUUUAAAGAUUUAUUUGAAAGAAUGUCAAGUAGCAAGAGAAGGAUGUAGAGUUUGAUCUUUAAUACGCUGUUCACUUCCUAAAUGACUGUAAUUGCUAUGGCUGGGCUAGGCCGAAUGUGGACGCCCGAGCUCCAUGCAGGCUUCCCACGUGGUUGUGCCAUCACCUGCCUGCUUUGCACCAUUAGCAGAUCUGGAUCGUUUGUGUCCUUUGUAUAUGGCAAAUGCGGUCACUUCUAGCUUGCAACAUACCUGUGGAACUUAAAGAAAAGGGCCUCCAAAAAGGGCCUAUUGCAUUUUUAAAAAAUUUGAGUUAGACAAGCCUGUAGUCAUAUGUACACAUACAGAGUCCUUACAUUGAAGGAUCCAGAGCCAUAGCUGGAGCCAGGGAUUGAACCUGGGUACUUCUUGGAAUGCAGACUUAUUAACCUGCUGGAUCCUUGCUCUGCCCCAAGUAUUUGGAGUAGUAGAUCUGACUUAGGUUCAUGGGAUCUGCGAUCUAAAAUCCCUUCCACUCUGCUUAGGUGGCUUUUGUUUGCUUCUGUUACCAGAGUUUGAAAAUCAAUGAUCUUAUGUCGAAAUGACAGUAAAAGUCAUUCAUGCUUUUAAGCGUCUUAGUAUGAAUAGAAGACGACUGUGGUUUAAAUACCACAACAUUAAUGUGACUAGUACCCUGUGAAAUUUGGGUGCUAUGGUAGAAUUUGUGUGGCAACUUUGAUUUGGCCUUUCAGAGUAUAUAUUUGGAGGAGAUGGUGUUUCAUUCAAGUAGUACAUUACUUUUGGUUUUGUAAUUAUUUCAUUUUAGACCAGUGGACUUGAAUAGUUUAUCUCGUUGUGAUUCUUUGUUUUUGCUGCUUUUGUCCUACAGGGCUGAAUGGAGAAAUGUAUGACAGAAUUGUGUGAGAGAAUGUAUGUUGAGCAGCCAAAAAUAUUUAAUAAUUUUAUCUUUUACACUCAAUAUGUUUCCUCUAACGCCUGAUCUAGAGCCGGUCUAGCCAGACUCAUGGUGUUUGAAUUGCAAUGCGAAUUUAUUAACUUCUAUGUUCUUUUCCAGUGUGUAGAAGGCUCCCUAAGCACAGCACAUCAUAUCCUAGAGGCAAGGUUCCUGAGGAAUUCAAGUUAGUGACCGCAAGGCUCAUUGGUAGUUAUGGCUCCAAGUCAGAGAAGUGAAUGGGGAGAACUGGUAAAGGCUUACUGCCCCACACAGCUCUCUGGAGUUGCCGGGUCUGUCAGGUUCCCGUCAAUAGAGGUGUAAAGUAUUACUCUGAAGGGUUCUCUCCUCCUGUUGAGCACUGCCAAAUCCGGUCUGUUAUUGAACCAGCUACUCAUUUGUCAUUCUCUUUUCCUACUUCCUCCAUGGGCGUUUCUUAGAAAAAAUUAACAGUAUAGCUUCUGCAAUUCUAUCGUGUUCUGAAUUCCAAAGAAAAAUUCUGAUCGAUAAUGAAACGUUGCUAAU